CUUUGUUCCAUUUCAAAAGGCAGCUCAAUCUAACUCAUCCCCAUUUCAUUUAACUUCAUUAUCAUACACCCUUCGGGCUUUUUAUUGCUUGUGAAAGUCGAUUUAUCCAUCGCCUUCAUUCUGUCCAUUCUGUGAUUCUACAUCAUUAGCCAACCUGAAACACGUUUGUCGCUUGCAGCAAUGAAAUACCACUGCAAUGGAGGUCUUUUUAUACUGAUAAUUCUGCUCAGUCUAUUAGAUGGUCUACAUGCUCAACCAGAGUUGAGUGCCACACCAGGGCCAAUCCUUUCCACACAGACCAUAUCCAUUCUUGGCGAUGAACUCUAUCUGCACGGAGGAUCGCGGUCUGAUACGUUUCUUGAAUCCAACUGUUCAUCGGAAUUUUGGCGUUUGCGUCUCGGUCGACAAACAUCAUGGAACUUGUCAAGCAUUGCCUGGGAAACUGUCCCACUUAGAGAAGACUCAAAUACACUCCCGCCUGUUUCCGGCAUGGGGCUCAAAACAAUGAUAAUCCCUUUCAAUAACACAAUAUCGCUAGUUAAUGGGACCUCGAACAUGGUACAGAACGCUUCGCCUUAUAUGGUAGAGUUUGGGAGAGCAGGAUGCGCAGACGAUAAUGAUCGACAAGAGAGUGAGCAGGGAGCAGAUGCUAAGCCUUGGAUUGGAUUUAACAUUUACAACCCAGUUAUGAAUACUUGGGAGAGCAUUGACAUCGUCAAUACAACAGUUAACCUAGGAUUCAACACCACAGCAGCUCUUGAAGUAGGCAACUUCCUUUCACCAACAGUUGCUGUUGAUUAUGUGAAAUUUGCAUGGUAUAUUAUUCUUCAAAGUACCGUACCUUUGCGGCAAGUGAUUCUGCGUAAGGAUUUGGCCACGUUGACAACCUUCAUGAGUGAACUCGAUCUCCCAGAUAGUCCAUCAACGCUAUUCCCUACACAGCUACUGUACGAAGGGUGGAGCGUCGUUAGUAUCUUGAAUGAAAAUGCUCCAUUUGUAGACAAAGGCGUGGCUACCAUUGUAAGGGAUCAGAUCAUCAUUAUCUCUGGAACUGCCAACUCUUUUACUCCCGGUGAUGCCGAUAAAGCAGAGCUACGAGGCUGUGAUCACGCUUACAUCUUCUCAACCGUGAGAGGCAGCUGGGCUCGGCAGGAUUUAACUGUAAUGGGCGACAAUGAUUUCCCAGAAACACGCGAGAAGGCAGCCUUUCUAGCAGUUGGUAGCAAGAUAUAUAUGCACGGGGGUGUCAAGCCGUAUCAGACCGUGCUGAACGACCUUUGGGUAUUGGAUACUGAUCAAUGGGCCUGGACGCGCGCACCUGAUGGACCAGGUCCCCGUGCGGAUCACACUUUGCUCCAGUAUCAUGAAUACCUUCUUGCAGUCUCAGGAUUUGACAUGGGUCGCAAUGUUCCGGUCACUUCAGUGUUGCCUAUUAUGGCUUACGACACUAAUGCCACAGCCUGGACAGAUAUUAUCCGCCCUACUAUAGAUGAAGAGACGAGCUUUGUUACGAACAUCACACGGGCUGCUAUCAUCAUUGGUACUAUUAUCUUCGGCAUGAUUUUGCUGUUCAUUGCUGGUUCAACGCAAUAUCUCCGGAAAUGGAAUCAGCGUAACUAUGUGAAGGUGGCUGAGAACUAUGAGCUGGAUGACCAACAAGUGAGAACAGGUCAGAAUCUUCCUUCGAUUUUGAAAAAGAAAUACAUAUCACAGGAUGGUGGUGACCAUAACGCCAAGUAUUCCAAAGGACAUGGCAAAGACAGGGACCAGGGUAAACGCCGAAAAUCACAGGCCCAAGUUAUUUUUGAGGAUGAAGAAGGCGAAUAUAAUGAUGAUGAUGGAUAUACUGGGGAUGAAGGUGAUGACUCCUUUAGCGACGACAGUAGCGGUGGCCAGAAGGUUCAAAAGGUGUCACUACUGUCGCGACCGCAAGCAAACCUGACUUCACGAGUGCCAAAGCGGGUGCGUAUUGCUGAACAUGUGGACCAGAGUGACGACAUUGAGGACGAACAUUCAGAGGAAGUUGAAAACGAAGAAGGGCAAGUCAUUGUCCAAAUGCCAUCCGACAUGCCUGUCGAGUGAAAAUAUAUAUAUAAAAGCCUGUACAAUAAAUAAAUCCUCAUUAAAUAUCUCAUC